UCCCUUCCCAAGGCCCUGAAUCUUCAGCCCCCGGGCUCACUAAGGUCAGGAGUGGUUGCUGUGUCCUGGGAAGCUGCCUAGACUGCACCCAGCAAGUAUGGCGCUGCUGAAAGUCAAAUUUGACCAGAAGAAGCGGGUCAAGUUGGCCCAAGGGCUCUGGCUCAUGAACUGGCUCUCCGUGUUGGCUGGCAUCGUCAUCUUCAGCCUAGGGCUGUUCCUUAAGAUCGAGCUGCGGAAGAGGAGUGAUGUGAUGAAUAAUUCAGAGAGCCAUUUUGUGCCCAACUCCUUGAUAGGGAUGGGGGUGCUGUCCUGCGUCUUCAACUCUCUGGCUGGCAAGAUCUGCUAUGACGCCCUGGACCCCUCCAAGUAUGCCAAGUGGAAGCCCUGGCUGAAGUCCUAUCUGGUCGUCUGUGUCCUCUUCAACAUUGUCCUCUUCCUGGUGGCCCUCUGCUGCUUCCUAAUGCGGGGCUCCCUGGAGAGCACCCUGGCCCAGGGGCUCAAGAAUGGCAUGAAGUACUACCGAGACACAGACACCCCCGGCCGGUGUUUCAUGAAGAAGACCAUCGACCUGCUACAGAUCGAGUUCAAAUGCUGCGGCAACAAUGGCUUUCGAGACUGGUUUGAGAUUCAGUGGAUCAGCAAUCGUUACCUGGACUUCUCCUCCAAAGAAGUCAAAGAUCGCAUCAAGAGCAAUGUGGACGGGCGAUACCUGGUGGAUGGAGUUCCCUUCAGCUGCUGCAACCCCAACUCGCCACGGCCCUGCAUUCAGUACCAGCUCACCAACAAUUCGGCUCACUACAGCUACGACCACCAGACAGAGGAGCUCAACCUGUGGGUGCGUGGCUGCAGGGCCGCCCUGCUAAGCUACUACGGCAGCCUCAUGAACUCCAUGGGCGCCAUCACACUCCUCGUCUGGCUCUUUGAGGUGUCCAUCACAAUUGGCCUACGCUACCUGCACACAGCACUGGAAGGUGUGUCGAACCCCGAAGACCUUGAGUGCGAGAGUGAGGGCUGGCUUCUGGAAAAGAGCGUGUCGGAGACUUGGAAGGCCUUUCUGGAGAGCUUGAAAAAGCUGGGCAAGAGUAACCAGGUGGAAGCCGAGGGUGCAGACGCAGGCCAGGCCCCAGAGGCUGGCUGA